GAACAAAGUAUGACAUCCAACAAUACUCCGAAACCAACUGCAGGGUCGACCUGUGGCCUGCAACUUGUUGGCUCGGCUUAUGGUUGUCAAAGCUGUCAAUUUUAUCUGCAUGCAUCGUGCUUCGAUCUUCCUCAAAAGAUCCAGCACGAUGCACACCCAGCACAUCCUCUGACACUUCGAUACCCGUCCUACUACAAGCAUUGUGGGAAGACCUGUGAUGCUUGUUGUGAAGACAUACGAACAAGUUUUAUGUACUCCUGUGAACUCUGCGAUUUUGACCUUCAUGUCACUUGUGCCACCUUAUACAAACUCGCGAAGAGGGCUGAUACAUCGAAGGACACUCUUCGACUUUAUUACUCGUUUCCUGUUGGAGACAGUAACAAUACUAUGCCUUGGAUCGCGCGAUGCGACGUUUGUAACAAGAGGGUGUCUAAGGAAGGUUGGUUGUAUUAUAGCAAGGAUACUGGCUAUAUUGCACAUAUCAAAUGUGCUAAGGGUGCUAAAGUUGGCCCUUCUUGGAUUAAAGAGAGGCUUAAUAUGCUUAAAAUUAAGUAGAAGAAAUUAAGUAUAUGGAUGUGUGUGUGGCUGAUCCAGUGCUCGAAAAUAUAGGACUCAUAUUUGGGGGUUAAUAUGCAUGUCUGCAAAAUCCUCAUGUGUGACUUUAAUUAAAAUAAGGUUUCUAGCACUAGCAGCUAUGGAAUAUA